CUGAUCUUCGGUGUAUCUGUAAGGGAAGAAACGCACAAACAAACAGCGGCGCUAUGAACGAACAGAAAUGGAUUCAGACGUUAACUCAGUUUCAGGCUCACUGUCGUGGUUGUGUGAUGAGAAGAGGACUGAGUUUGGUUCAGGCUCAGUUUGAGGACAUUGUGCAAGAAAUUGAUGGAGGAUUGGAUCACCUGCAGUGGAGAGGAAACAUUAUUCCCAGACCUCACUUCACUGACACGGAAAGCCUGCUGCUGCGGUAUGAACGCUCUAGGAUUCAGUGCCAUGACCUUUUGGAUCGCUCAGAGAAGGAACAGAAUGAGGAAUGUGAGAAAUGUCUCCCACAGUCUGACAUCCAUGUACCAGAGAAAGACGAAGCUCCUGAAGCAGCCAGAAGUGAAACUUCCACACAUGUGGAUGAUGUUGAGGAUAAAAGAGGAGACAUCAUGGUCAUUCAAAACCUGAUGGAUGAUUGCUCUACACUUUGCAGUGAUCUGAAUUCUGAUGUCAGACAGAGCAGUUUAUUUCAGACAGGACCAGGUUUGCAUACACUUUUAAAAGACACAACACACACUCCUGAGUCUCUGAAGCAGCAGAGGAGCACUUUGGCCAUGGAGCUGCUGUGGAUUCAGCAAGCCAUCAGUAGCAGAAAGAAAUAUCUCACUCUCAAACAGAGAAUGGAUGUGUCACACUGAUUCUGGACCAGUUCAGAAGUGGACCAAUAUAUUCAGGGAUAAUAUUCUUAUUAGUUACUCUGUAACACUCACAGCACUGAAUGUUUCAGCAAUGUUGUAAAUAAAUGUUUAUUUAUGAGCUUGUUUUGUCCAUGAUAAAUUUGAAUAAUCUUAUAGAGGUGAUAUUUCAUAAAUAAACACAAGGUGCACUUGGAUGGA